AUGGCUUCAAUCUCUGUCGGCGAUGUCCUCCCGGACGGAGAAUUGGCUUGGUUCGAUGAGAGCAACCAAUUGCAGAUGAUCUCCGUACACUGGCUUGCCGCCGGCAAGAAGGUCGUCCUCUUCGCAGUCCCCGGAGCUUUCACACCCAUUUGCAGCAUGAUACAUCUCCCCGGUUUCAUUGAAAGUGCGGAGGAACUCAAAUCCAAAGGCGUCGACGAGAUCCUCCUCAUCAGCGUUAAUGAUCCAUUUGUGAUGAAGGCAUGGGCUAUGACUAUCCUAACAAUGACGUAUCCUGAGAACAGGCAUGUCAAAUUUCUAGCUGAUGGUUCAGGCACUUACACUCGUGCCCUUGGGUUGGAAUUGGACCUCUCCGAUGAGGGUUUGGGCACUCGAUCACGAAGGUUUGCUCUUCUCGUCGACAACCUUGUGGUGACAGUUGCGAACAUUGAAGAAGGGGGAGAAUUCACUAUAUCUGGUGCGGAAGAGAUCCUGAAGGUCCUUUAG